AUGGCGACUCAGCAUUAUCAAGCUCCCCCGCUUCCUAUCAAUGUUCCCUCCAAGGCACCCGCUCCUGUUAAUCUAUAUCCUAUCAGCCGUGUCUCAGGAUCCCCACCAGAUGUAUCUGAUACCAGCACGACUGCGGGCAGUCGCACAUCUGCCGGCUUCAGCUACGGCUCUGGGAGCAUUAGUGGCGACUACGAGUCGAGUUCUGCGUCGUACUCUGGUGUCGACGUUGUUGAUGUCUUGAGUGACCGCAUGCAGAACGUGUUUGACCCCACGCCAUUGGAUAAAGGGCUGGCAAGACAGGCACAAGCUUCCGGACAGUUGAAUGCCAAACAACGUGAACUUCUCGAAUUGCAAGCUCUCGCCCAGCGACGACUGCAAGGCAAGCGAGUGAGUGCGUUGAAGGCAAAAGCUGAGGCUGUGCAUCCCGACGAAUACCGACGAGCGACGAAGAAGUAUACUUAUGACGACGAUUACUGA